UUAGUGGUAAGGCAGCAUCGGUCUUUCGCUCUGCACAAUAAAGGGAAAACCGCCUGCGUGUUAACACGGAUUCCAGGGUGAAACCUUUCCCACGGAUGUCCUCCGGUUUGCUUGUUGUCCAGAAAAGCUGAAAAGACUCGCGCAGCCCAGCCAGGGAUGCCAAAUUGUCGUGGAAAUUAGACAACACUCGCAGACUCAUCCUCUGAAGAGUGCCUAUCCUUCAAGUUGCCACAGGAGGGCAGAACAAGUGCUGUACACCUAAAGUGAUCUACCUCCCCUUUCCCUUCAGGUGUAGGUCUCAUCUCAGCCAUCUUCUGAUACAAUGGCCGCUAGUGAUAUUAAAGUGAAGGAGCUGGACAAACGGGCCUCAGGGCAGGCCUUUGAGGUCAUUCUGCGUGAUCCUGCCCGAAAGGCAAAAGGAGACUUCCCUUUCUCUCCUCAGAAGAAAAAGGAUUGGUCACUGGAGGAAAUCCAGAAGAAACUGGAAGCAGCCGAAGAAAGGCGCAAGUCCCAUGAAGCUGAAUUGCUGAAGGAGUUGGCUGAGAAACGUGAGCAUGAAAAGGAGGUACAGCAGAAAGCUCUGGAGGAGAACAACCAUUUCAGCAAGAUGGCGGAGGAGAAACUUAAUCAGAAAAUGGAAGCCAUCAAAGAGAAGCGUACAGCAAUAAUGGCAGCCAUGACUGAGAAGUUCAAAGAGAAGGGGAAGAAGCUGGAAGAGGUCUGUAAAAACAAGGAGAACAAAUAUUUGAUGAAAAUAAGAAAAUAUUUGAUCGUAUGUAUACCAAUAGUAUGUAUUGGUGCUUUUGUUGGUUUUUUGCGUGUGACUUUCAGUUGUUGGCUCUGAGCUGUUAGCUGUUCUCUAAUGCGCUUUUUGAUAUUGGCCGUAGACUUAAUGUUUUGAAGGAAGCAUGUUGCUGUUAUGCAUCAAGGUCCUCAAAGUUUCUAUUAAUGCAGCCUGCACUCUUGAUACGCUUAUCAUUUCAAUCGGUUUGCGCACUUAUGUAGCACAAUGGGUUUUUAUUUAUUUAUUUAUUUAUUUAUUUUUAAAGGACAGCUAUGGGUUCUCAGUCACUGGUGUUUGGCAUGGUUUGCUUUAUUCCAGACACUGCUAGUAUUGCUGUGUAACUGCAACCCCACCCCAAUUCUUCUUUGUAUUACUUUAAGUAAAUGAAUAUCCCUAGUAAAAAUGCUUGAAGUUGGGAAGUCGGAGAGAUCAACAGAGUGUAAAUAAUAAGAGACAAUUUGCAAACACAUCUAUACACACUCCUUAGAAAUUAUACUGUCAACUGAAACAGCCAAAGAGAGAAAAUAAUGUCUGUAUAUAUGUGUACACUACUGACCAGGUUUGUGUUAAAAAGUAGUGGGAUAGUAUAACACAAAAUUAUAUACAUAUAACUGUACAAGGAACCAAACCAGGCAUAAUUUCAGGGUGGGCCAAGGCCAAAAUAAUAGACAAAAGAAUUCUAUUAUUAGGUAGCUAGCUUACCUAAAAGGAAAAUAAAGAAAAUACAAGGAUACUUCCCCAACUACCUAAGCAAAAAAACAGACAAAGGAACCCUCUCCCAAAACAAAUGGCAGCCACACCCCUACUGCCGGUGAACCAAGUGAAUCAUAUAUACAAUGGUUUAUAGAAUGCACAAAAACAGAUACAGGGACAACCAAACUCAAAAACCAGGCAAAAGUCAAAAACCAGGACAGCAGUCAGAAUAUAGCAUAAAGCAGCACAACCAAACACACUCGAAACCACCUCCAACAUCCCAACCCAUUCUCACUCCUCUUCCUCUUUAAAUAUGGCUGCCAUUUAGUGAUGUCAUCCUGGGAGGGGAGCAAAGCAGGCUAGGGCAGAUUGGAAACUCUGGGAGGGUGUUCAGACCUGCACACAAAUUAUGGCACAGCACACACACACACACAAAAACCUUCCCAUCCCAAAGAUAGCGGGUUGUAACGCUUAUCUUUUUUAAAAAAAAAUUUUUUAUUUAUCUUUUUUUUUUUACUAUAAUAAAAGGUAUUUCUACUUG